GGCCGCCUACGCGCGCCGCGACUGACGUGUCCCGUGAUCGCACUCUGCCCGGCGGGGCCGCGGGCCCGCGCCGCAUCCGCCAUCGCGAUCCGCGAUCCGCUCACAGCCCGGCGAUAUAUACGAAGUUUCUACAUUAAAUUUUUUACUCAUUUAUAAUUUGGAGAAGCGGACAGUGACUUUAUGGGUUGAGAACGUGGAGUUAUGCGACGGGGACACGAGAACUAAAUGUGCACAGCCGAGCACCAUGGCUUCCUUCAAAGAUUGGCUGACAGUGACGUGGGCGCAAGGCGGCAUGCAGCUGCAACCCGAUGCCGACGACGACAUCGACUCCGUCAAGGGACGAUGCGGACGCGCCGGCAGCCUCGCUACAUCCGGCGAAAAGCUGCUCGAACUGCUGCGGCCCAGCGCGGGCACGCCGCGGCGGCACUCCACGGCGGCGUGUGCGCCCGCGCCCACACAGCCCUUGCGCCCCACCGGCUUCGUCUACUGCCCCUCAGACGCACUGCCCUAUUGCCCGCCUUCCAGGAUCGCGCCGCCGCCUGUCAGGCAUCACGUCAAGCUACCUCCACCACCACAAAUCCAGCUACCGACACAAAUCCAGCCACCAGUAGCACAGAUAGCGUCACCGGCGCCACCACCUGUACCACAACGUACAGCACCUCCUCCUCCGCCGGUACCAACGGCGCCUCCCGCGCCGCCGCGUCGCUCCCCGCAGCCCCCGCGCCGACAUCCUCCACCAACUCCACCUCGGCCCACUGCGACCAGCCCAGCGGAUCCCAACGGCAACCGCCGGCAAUCCACUCCAGUCCAGUCUCAGCCACCACCACGUCUCGACUGUAACCGUAAUCCCCAACCUGCAAUGGCACGGAGGCCUCCUCAAAAAAUGCCCGACACUCCAUACACUCCUCCUCCACAAAACAACCAAUCCAUGAAACGUUCUCCGAGUUCUGGCUCGAACAUCAGCGUUCGCCAAGACUCCAACGUGUCUUCAGAUUCGUUCAGCCAGACGUCGUCCCCGUCUUACACUACGAAGACAAUGGAAGCGCCAUUGCUUCCUCAUCAACACGUGAACAAAAGCUUAAACGCAAAGAUUGCAAGAGGAUUGCUACUUAAAGAACAACAGGAAAAGGAAGCAGGAAACCAACCUAUAACGAAAAGCAUGUCGACGCCUGCGUCACUGCAGACCAUUGUCAGAUUCCAAAACGGGAGCAACAUGUCGCUUCAUCAUCGGAUGCUCCGCGACAUGCGCGGCGGCGGCGUCGAGGGCUCCCCGCACCGAUUCAGGCUGAUGCAGAUCCUGCUCAACGCCGUAGCGCUACUUGCCAUCACCGGCGCGCUCUUCGCCUACUUCCGCGCCAACCCUGCUGUGCAGGUAGAGUACGUCUCCCAAGUGGUCAAUCGGACGAUAGUGGCGUGGCCGGCGGCGACGGAGCCACCGGACAAGAACCCCGCGCCUGGCGUUUGCCUGCCCGUCAUCGUUAACUUCUGCCACCAGCACCGCGUCUCAUACAACUACACCAUCUUUCCCAAUUAUAUUGGGCAUUUCGGACAGAGGGAUGCUCAGCAGGCGACAAGCUUGGUUCAUAUAUGGACAGUCGAACCUGUCCGCAAUCAUGCGCAUGAUGGUGUUGGGGCUGACCCGUACCCUGCUCACCAGUGCCAAUGCCCGUUUGCGCAUGGUCGAGUAAAAACAGUCGACGUGAGCCGCUGCGAACAUGCCCGAGGCGCUGCAGUAUCGGGGCAGCCCCAUCAACACCCUAAACGCAUUAUUGUAUUGGACACGGAGGGCCCUAUAUGUCUUCUGAGAGACCUGGAGAUCUACGACGCAGUGGUUGACGUGCGCUGCUACGAGCUGACAGCGCUUUUCCUCUGCUCGCUGUUCGUCCCCAAGUGCGGCCCGCUGGGGCACAUGGUGCGCCCCUGCAAGAGUCUUUGCCAAGAAACGAUGCGUCGCUGCGGUUUCUUCCUUGAGGUUUUCGGCUUAUCAAUGCCGGACUACUUGCAAUGUGAUAUUUUCCCUGAGUCCAUGGACACUGAUGUCUGCCUCGGCAACCGCGAGGUGAAGGAAGUACGCUUCAGAGCAUCCAAAGCAGUAUGUCCGAACGGGUUUCAAUGUGACGUGAACCGCUGUAUCCCGCACGACUGGCGCUGCGACGGACACGUCGACUGCGCAGAUCGUUCCGACGAGCUCAACUGCCGCGUGUGCAAGCGCAGCGGGGACGUGCACUGCGGGAAUCAACAGUGCAUCUCGCAAGCGCACAUUUGUGACGGAAAGAGGGACUGUCUAUGGGGACAGGACGAGAGGAAUUGCUGUAAGUUGCCAAUAUGA